UAAUAUCUUUAUUACACGUUCGUAAAAAUUAUAAAAAUUUGAUUUUUGAAAUGUAGAUUUCAAGACGAAUCUAACUAGAUCUAACAUAACUAUGUUUUUCCUUAUAGAUAAAUCACAAAUGAUGGUUAAAUAACAUUAUGUGAAUAGUGAUAAAGGCUUUAUGGUGCAAUAAAAAAUACGGAGAAAAUAUUUAAAUACAGCUGCGUUUAGUAGGUGUAAGUGUGUAACACUUUAAAAACACGGAGGGAGUACCAGUUCUUAAAAUACCAAUUGUCUGAUUGUCUCACAUGAAUUGUAAAGUUGUAACCUGUUAAACUAAUUAGACAAAAAAAAAAAAAAAAAAAAAAAAAAAAACAAAAAAUAGUAAUAAUAAAAAAGUUUUACCCCCCAAAAUCAAGAAAGUUAAUCUAAUAGGGGAUGCAAAACAACUUUGUUGCGAUUGAAAGAAAUCAUCGAGGUCCCAUCUUUUUUCUGCAAUUAGAAAUUUAGAAUUACCCUUCUUUCGCUGUAAUAAUCUCUCUUAUGUCAUAGGUUUGUCAUAAAAUACAAAGAAAACCCAGUUAAUUUUGCAACAUGCUCAAAAAAUUCCUUAACGUUCAACCUUCUGAGCUCAAAUUCCCAUUUCAAUUGAAUAAGUUGAGUAUAGUUUGGGUUGAAUUAACCAACAAAAUCGAUCAUAAUGUUGUCUUUAAGGUUAAAACAACACAUCCCAAAAAAUAUUGUGUUCGUCCCAAUGUGGGUUUGAUCUCUCCUGGCUCAACCUGUGUUGUUAAAGUUAGUAUGCAAGCUCAAAAGGAGUUUCCUGUUGGUUUGCCAAAGGACAAGUUUCUAGUCCAAAGUAUGAUAGCACCAGUUGGGUUGAGUGCUGAAGCUAUUACCUCUGAUAUGUUCAGAAAAGAUAAAGACAAUGAUGUUGAGGAGUUAAAGUUGAGGGUUGCCUUUGUUACUGCAAAUCCACCAUCCCCUAUUCCCGAAGUUUCAGAAGAAGAUUUUUCUCCUGAAGCAAACAAGCUUGAGAGCCCGGAUCACAAAAAUCAUAUUAUGGAAUUAUUUGAUGCUGCAACAAGUGGAUGUGAGCUCCAGGAUCAAUCCUCCAAGGAAUCAAACACUGACACAGAGGACGAAGAUCAAUAUUUCAAGGAUUCAAAUUCUACAUUUGAACCUGAGGAGAAGCUUUCUCAGGACUGGGAUAGGGUUUGUCAGCUUAUCGGCGAAAGGACUUUCUUGAUGCAAGAAAAUCAGGAGCUGCAGUACGAAGUGGAAAUGAUUAGGAAGCAAAUCUUCAGGAGCACUAGCAAUGGUCGUAAUAUAAUUCCACUCAUGCUGUUAGCCUGCUUCCUUGGCUUUCUUGUCGGGUAUGUGAUUAAGUAGCCUUCUGCAAUCCCGUAGGAAAUCUUGCCAUCACCACUGUGUAUACAAGCGACAACUUGUCACUUAUUUAUCUUGAUGUAGCUAAUCAGCAUUUUACUGUUAUCCUUUUUGACUUCUGAUUAAUGAUCAAAGAUCGAGGUUCUCUGAAA